UUCAGGCACUGCGGGGACGCCCUUCCGAGCGCCCAGCUCGGCGCGGUCGGGGGCGCGCACGCCGCCCGGCUCCUGGGCGGCAGGGGGCGGGGCGGGGCGGGGCAGGACGUCCGGGGGCGCGCACGCAUCCGGCUUGCGGUGCGCGCGCAGGUCGGUGCGUCGGUCGGGGGCGCGCUCGGGUAACCUGUACCCCACGUAGUCGCCGGUUACCGAUCGGACUAAGUUCCAGUGGUGAUUUGCAAGUCAAGUUAAAAUGUCCCCAGAAGUCGCCUUGAACCGAAUUUCUCCAAUGCUUUCCCCAUUCAUAUCUAGUGUGGUCCGCAAUGGAAAAGUGGGACUGGAUGCUACAAACUGUUUGAGGAUAACUGACUUGAAAUCUGGCUGCACAUCAUUGACUCCUGGACCCAACUGUGACCGAUUUAAACUGCACAUACCAUAUGCUGGAGAGACAUUAAAAUGGGAUAUCAUUUUUAAUGCCCAAUACCCAGAGCUGCCCCCCGAUUUUAUCUUUGGAGAAGAUGCUGAAUUCCUGCCAGAUCCCUCGGCUUUGCAUAACCUUGCCUCCUGGAAUCCUUCAAAUCCUGAGUGUCUGUUACUUGUGGUGAAGGAACUUGUGCAACAAUAUCACCAGUUUCAAUGCAGCCGCCUCCGCGAGAGCUCCCGCCUCAUGUUUGAAUACCAGACAUUACUGGAAGAGCCGCAGUAUGGAGAGAACAUGGAAAUUUAUGCUGGGAAAAAAAACAACUGGACUGGUGAAUUUUCAGCUCGUUUCCUUUUGAAGUUGCCAGUGGAUUUCAGCAAUAUUCCCACAUACCUUCUCAAGGAUGUAAGUGAAGACCCUGGAGAAGAUGUGGCCCUCCUUUCUGUCAGUUUUGAGGACACUGAAGCCACUCAGGUGUACCCUAAGCUCUACUUGUCACCCCGAAUUGAACAUGCACUUGGAGGCUCCUCAGCUCUUCAUAUCCCAGCUUUCCCAGGAGGAGGAUGUCUCAUUGAUUAUGUUCCUCAAGUAUGCCACCUGCUCACCAACAAGGUGCAGUAUGUGAUUCAAGGAUAUCACAAAAGAAGAGAGUAUAUUGCUGCUUUCCUCAGUCACUUUGGCACAGGUGUCGUGGAAUAUGAUGCAGAAGGCUUUACAAAACUCACUUUGCUGCUGAUGUGGAAAGAUUUUUGUUUUCUUGUACACAUUGACCUGCCACUGUUUUUCCCUCGAGACCAGCCGACUCUCACAUUCCAGUCCGUCUAUCACUUUACCAACAGUGGACAGCUUUAUUCCCAGGCCCAAAAAAAUUAUCCAUACAGCCCCAGAUGGGAUGGAAAUGAAAUGGCCAAAAGAGCAAAGGCUUAUUUCAAAACCUUUGUCCCUCAGUUCCAGGAGGCAGCAUUUGCCAAUGGAAAGCUCUAGGAAACACCAGUCUUGAGGGGUGGCCAGCCAGACUGCUCUGUCCACAUGCGUGUCAGCACAUAUGGCCGCUUCCUGGAAGCCACUUGGAAUGUCUUCAUGGCAGCAUUUUCCUCACACAGCAGCUUUGUGCGCCCCAACUGGAACCCAAACUUGAGCUGGCUGGCGGUAACCUGGAUCCUCGAGCCCCCCACCUCUGGUUGCUCCCUCUUUGUUUCCUGCAAUAUAUUUCUUAGUUGGAAGAAAUAAAAUCACCGAUCGUGACACAGUAUUUUUCCAGGGAAAGUAGGACAUCAUAAAUGCACACACUCUUAUUCCAAAGCCUUUGUCUCUGAGACCUCUGCUAAGUUUUAAGAUUAAACCCCCCUUUGCUUUUUAUUUUCCU